UGGCUGAUUGGGUGUCCGUCUCGGCGCGCCAUGCUGCACUUGGUGCCCUAUUUUUGUAUUUUGUUGGGUUGAAAUGGAUUGAUGGAGGCCCAUGUAUCGCAAUUGCGACUGGACUCCACGUGUGAUGCGCAUUCCUUCCGAGUAACCGCCGGAGAAAGCGGGAGAGCAACCGUCUCUUUAGAGAAGAAGAAAUGAAAUGGAGAGAAACAAACUAACCACCGUACGACCGUCAACCAAUCCUUGAGAGAUAUUUAUUUUCGAAUCCAUUGCGCCAAAUUGGUUUUCGGUUUGAUUGAUUGUAUGUAUGGACGACGACGGCGCCGGAGUCGUUUCAAGUUUCGUCGGUUUCGAAUUUUGAAUCACAACAACGAUAAUCGUUAUACCUCAACAACGCUCGGCGCUCGUUUGAGUAUAGAUAAUAAUUACGGAUUGGAUUGAAUUGAAUUUAUUGGUCGAGAAGAAAUGGAAUCGAAGCAAGUGUUGAUGUCGGCGUUGGGGGUGGGGAUAGGAGUCGGCGUCGGGCUCGGUUUGGGAUCGCAAGCCGUCGGAAAAUGGACAGGCGGGGACUCGCCGUCUUCCGGCGUUACACCGGAGAUUAUGGAGAGGGAGAUGCUUAAUCUCCUCUCUAAUGGCAGGGAUAGCAAGGUUACCUUCGAUAAAUUUCCUUACUAUCUAAGUGAACAAACAAGAGUCUUGCUAACGAGCGCAGCAGUUGUUCAUUUGCAAAAAACGGAUUUCGCAAGGCAUACGAGGAACCUCUCUCCUGCAAGUCAAACAAUUUUGCUAUCUGGACCGGCUGAGAUGUAUCAGCAGAUGCUUGCUAAGGCAUUGGCUCAUUAUUUUGAGGCGAAGUUGUUGCUGUUAGAUGUAACCGAUUUUUCGCUUAAGAUUCAAAGCAAGUAUGGGAGUUCUAGUAAGGAUUCUUCUCUUCCAAGGUCUGUAUCUUCAACAACGUUGAGCCGAGUGUCUGAAUUAUUUGGAUCUCUUUCCUUACUUAAACCAAAAGAGGGCGUCCCUGGUACGUUGCGAAGGCAAAGCAGCGGGGUUGAUCUUGGAUCAAUGGGCCAGGAAAGCACUAAACCUGGAAAGCUUCGUAGAAAUGCAUCCUCGGCAAGCAUCAGUAACAUGGGUUCAGCCACUGCACUAUCAGAUACUCGCAGCAGCAGUUGGUGUUUUGAUGAUAAGCUUUUUAUUCAAACACUUUACAGGGCCCUUAUGAAAAUAUCGAAAAUGAGUCCUUUAGUCGUCUAUCUUAGGGAUGUUGAGAAGCUUCUUUGCAAGUCACAGACGAUGUAUAUCUUGUUCCAGAAAAUGCUGAAGAAAUUGUCUGGACCCAUAUUGAUCCUUGGUUCAAAGAUUAUUAAUCCAGAAAGUGAUUAUAGAGUAGUUGAUGAAAAAGUUUCUUCCAUAUUCCCUUAUAAUAUCGAAAUAAGGCCGCCUGAUGAUGAAAAUCAUCUUGUGAGCUGGAAGGCUCAGCUGGAGGAGGAUAUGAAAAUGAUUCAGUACCAGGACAAUAAAAAUCACAUAAUGGAGGUACUUGCCUCGAACGAUCUUGAUUGUGAUGAUCUGGGUUCUAUCUGUUUGGCGGACACCAUGAUUCUUAGCGAAUACAUAGAAGAAAUCGUCGUAUCUGCCAUCUCUUACCAUCUGAUGAAUACAAAGGAACCUGAAUACAGAAAUGGGAAACUUGUUAUGUCAUCCACAAGUUUGUCCCAUGGAUUGGGUAUAUUUCAAGAAGGUAAAUCUGUAAAGCUAGAAUCACAAGCUGAAAUGCCUAAGGCUGCAGGUGCUAAGGAUGCAGAACCGGUGAAGCCAGCCGCAGUUGAAACAAAGCCGGAAGCCUCCGCUGCAGAACCCAAGAAUGAAGAUCCACCUGUUUCAAAAGCACCAGAAGUCCCUCCUGAUAAUGAAUUUGAAAAGCGCAUUAGGCCGGAAGUCAUUCCAGCAAAUCAGAUCGGUGUGACAUUUGCAGAUAUAGGAGCAUUGGAUGAGGUUAAAGAUUCACUUCAGGAGUUAGUCAUGUUGCCUCUUAGAAGACCCGACCUUUUUGAAGGCGGCCUACUGAAGCCGUGCCGAGGAAUACUGCUCUUUGGGCCUCCUGGCACAGGGAAGACCAUGCUGGCCAAGGCCAUAGCUAAUGAAGCUGGAGCAAGCUUCAUUAAUGCUUCAAUGUCUGCAAUUACUUCGAAGUGGUUUGGUGAAGACGAAAAGAAUGUUAGAGCCUUGUUCACUCUUGCAGCCAAGGUCUCGCCUACUAUUAUAUUUGUAGAUGAGGUUGACAGCAUGCUCGGGCAGCGGAACAGAGCUGGGGAGCACGAGGCAAUGAGGAAGAUAAAGAAUGAGUUCAUGACACAAUGGGAUGGACUUUUGACAAAACCCGGCGAAAGAAUCUUAGUACUUGCUGCAACCAAUAGACCAUUUGAUCUCGAUGAAGCAAUCAUUAGACGCUUUGAGAGAAGAAUAAUGGUCGGCUUACCGUGUGUGGAGAACAGAGAGAAGAUCCUAAGGACAUUGCUAUCUAAAGAGAAAGUUGAUCCAAGUAUGAACUUUGAGGAGCUUGCAAGAAUGACUGAAGGAUUCUCCGGGAGCGAUCUAAAGAAUUUAUGUGUUACUGCUGCCUAUCGACCGGUUCGAGAGCUAAUACAGCAAGAGAGGCGACGAGAUCAGGCAAGUGUAAAUCUUAUACCAACUAAGUUGUAAAGGCUGAAUUUUGUUUGUUUUUUUAGCAUAGUCUGGCAUGAUUAAUUUGGCUUCUGGUCAUUCCCUUUGUACCAGGAAAAGAAGCGUAAGGCAGACAACAAAGAACAAUCUUGUAAAGAUGAUAACACAGAGAGAAAAAUCACUAUCAGGCCAUUAACUAUGGUAGAUCUCAAGGAGGCUAAAAAUCAGGUGGCUGCUAGCUUUGCUUCUGAAGGCUCCAUAAUGGCAGAGCUGAAGCAAUGGAACGACCUCUACGGCGAAGGCGGGUCGAGGAAGAAGGAACAGCUGUCUUACUUCUUGUAAGAUUAAUAUAUAUUUACUAUAUAUGUGUUUCUGGACGACAGUUUUAUGGCUUGGAACUAUUAGGGUUCUUAAUUUAGGAUUUUUUUUUUUUUAAUAGCAUAUAUAUAGCAAGUAGUAUUAGUGCUGGCUAUGGUGCUAUGAAUAGAAAUACCAACAAAUAUUAUACGUAGAUUUUAUAAUUUACCUGUUGCAUCUA